GUACAAAUAAAUGUAACCUCAAAAAAGUUAAACGUCAAACAGGGUAAUAGGGUUUAAUUUUUCUUUUUGUGAAGAAAAUGAUCAAAUUAAGACAAAAAAACAAAUAUGAUACAGCUUACGGUUUAUUAAAGGACAAAGAAAGUGGUAGUGACGACGGGGAAGAAACAGAACUAUUUGUAAGACAUAAGCCACAUAGAGUAGAAAUUCCAACUAUAGAGAAAAUAGUUGAAACAGGUGAUACACUGCAGGCACUAGCUAUUAAAUAUCGUUGUUCUGUAGCUGAGCUUAAACGAAUAAAUAAUAUUCACAACGAAAAUGAAAUUUUCGCCAAGAUAGUUAUAAAAGUACCUCAUAGACCUUUUACCUCAGCCCUAGCAAGUGUUCAUGUUAGUGGAAAUAGUUCACCUGAUUUAAUUAAUGUUCCAUCUACUAGUAACUUGAUAGAUGUUGAUUCAGUAAGUUUAAAAUUGACAGAAAGCAUCGCUACACAAAAAAACGAUGAAGUAAAUGAAAUAAUAUUUAAUAGCCAAAUUGCUCAGAAACCUACAGAAAGGUUAAAUCCUGAAGAAACAGAAGAAGUUGAUGACAGUGAAAAAACUCACUUACUCCCUCAAAUCGCAAAUAAUGUAAUAGAAACUGAUCCGGUUAUAUCCGUUCUAAAUUGUAAUGGAGUAGACGGGGGUAUUUCUUGGAAACUUCUGAUAGUGUUCAUUUUUAUACUCAUCGUAGCAUUACCAUUAAUUUAUAUAUUUUAUAUAGCCGAACAUCUCGAGGAAUACCAUCCUCAUCCUCACGGUUCAUGAUAUAAGUGGUAUUUGUUAGAGCAUAUUUUAGAUUUAAAUUAUAUUUAAAAACGAUCAGAUAAGAAAUUUAAUUCUCAAAACAUGUUUUGAGAAAUUUUAAGAUAUUAAAAAGUAAAUUUUAUUCACUAGAAAGGAAAAUUGUGUCUAUCUAUCAAAUUCACAUUUUCCUUAUCACUGAAAAUGAAUCGUUCACUUUUAUUUGAAAAAAUUGAUCCGAAUAUAUGAAAAUAUCUAAUAUAUAAUUGCAACUGACGUGAUAUAAUGAUUAGGUUAGGUAAAAAAGGUCUGUGAAGUUUUUUGUAUAUUUUAUUUUAUUAUUAAAAAAGUUUAUUCUGUA